CCACCGCAUUCUAAACGUCGAUUUGGGAUAUUUGAAUUUGGAGAUUCGGCAGAGCUUGAGAAGGAGUCAACAAUGGAGAACACCAAGCCAACGAAGGGUGCCGGAGGAAGGAGGGGCGGAGAGAGGAAGAAGUCGGUGUCGAAAUCCGUCAAAGCCGGCCUGCAAUUCCUUGGUCGUAUCGCCCGGUUCUUGAAGACCGGCCGCUAUGCUCAGCGGACCGGAACCGGUGCUCCAAUUUAUCUCGCCGCUGUGCUCGAAUACCUUGCCGCUGAGGUAUUGGAAUUGGCGGGAAAUGCAGCAAGAGAUAACAAGAAGAACAGAAUCAACCCUAGACAUGUGCUAUUGGCCGUGAGAAACGAUGAAGAAUUGGGAAAGCUUCUCAGAGGUGUUACCAUCGCAAAUGGUGGUGUUCUGCCCAACAUCAACCCAGUGUUGUUGCCGAAGAAAUCCAAUUCAGAGCCCAAGUCCCCUAAGAAAGCCUAAACUCUCUUAUAAUCCUUUGUUUAUUUAGGGGUUUUUUUUGGCUUUUGCUUUUGCCCUCGCCUUAGAGUCGCGGAUUAAUAAUUACUGUAGUUGUAUCUAUUUUACAAAUGAAAUGGAAGGUUCUCCUUUUUCA